CGUGUCCCUCUUUUGGGUGACCCACCAGCAGAGUCGAGUGCAUCCUUUUUUUGGUGGGGGGCGCUUUUUUUUUUUUCCCUGCAGGGAGGAUACACCUAUCGUCCUGCGGUGCAGACAUGUUGCUCGAACACCCGAGUUCGAGUUGUCAGAACGCCAAUUUCUCUCGCUACAGUGCAGGCCAAGAGAUCCCGGUGUGUGCAGGCUGCAACCAGCACAUUGUGGACCGCUUCAUCCUCAAAGUGCUGGAGCGCCACUGGCACAGCAAGUGCCUCAAGUGCACCGACUGCCAGACUCAGUUGGCCGACAAGUGCUUCAGCAGGGGGGACAGCGUUUACUGCAAAGAGGACUUCUUUAAAAUACACAUUCUGAUGAUCAACCUUGUGUGCCAAAGGAGGUUCGGAACCAAAUGCGCGGCCUGUCAGCAGGGCAUCCCGCCCACGCAGGUGGUGAGGAGGGCUCAAGACUUUGUUUACCACCUGCACUGCUUCGCCUGCAUCGUGUGCAAGAGGCAGCUCGCCACGGGGGACGAGUACUACUUGAUGGAGGACAGCCGACUGGUGUGCAAGGCCGACUAUGAGACCGCCAAACAGAGAGAAGCCGACUCGACGGCGAAAAGGCCGAGAACGACGAUCACGGCCAAGCAGCUGGAGACCCUAAAGAACGCUUACAAUAAUUCUCCGAAGCCGGCCCGCCACGUCCGAGAGCAGCUCUCCUCCGAGACGGGCCUGGAUAUGCGGGUCGUGCAGGUUUGGUUCCAGAACAGGCGGGCUAAGGAAAAGAGGCUAAAAAAGGACGCCGGACGCCAGCGAUGGGGGCAGUACUUCCGAAACAUGAAGAGGUCGCGAGGAAGCUCCAAGUCGGACAAAGACAGCAUCCAAGAGGAGGGCAUGGACAGCGACGCCGAGGUGUCUUUCACAGACGAACCGCCCAUGUCCGAUCUAGGCCACACCAACGGCAUCUACAGCAGCAACUCUCCCGCCAUGGGGGGCCGCCCAGGGACCACCAACCACGCCUCGUUUCCCUUGGAGCACGCCGUCAUGCCCUCCCAAGACCAGUUCCACGACAUCCGCUCCAGCAGCCCCUACGGCCUCCCGCAGUCGCCGGGGUCCCUGCAGGCGCUGCCCCGACACCAGCCUCUCAUCAACAGCUUGGUCUACCCCGACUCGGGUCUUUCCAUCCUGACCCAAGGCGGCGGGGGCAUCAACCCCGGCGUGAGGGUCUCCAUGGGCGCCGCCAACGGCCCCAGCUCGGACCUCUCCACCGGAAGCAGCGGGGGAUACCCGGACUUCCCGGCAAGUCCUGCAUCCUGGUUGGACGAGGUGGACCACGGCCAGUUUUGAUCCCUUGAUAAGAAACAAGACUUUUAUGAUAGACUGUUUCCUUUCGAGCCUUCAUUAAGGACUAGUGACUGGUGCGGUCUUUGGAUGGAGAACUUCAUCAAAAGCGCUAAUUUCCACAGAUAAACAUUGCCGUUUCAAAGACAACGUGAAGACUGCUUCCUCCGAUUCCUUGUUUGUGUUGUCGUCCACGAUGUGUUCAGGUGCAGAAGUCUUUCAAUGUCUGGUCGUUGCCAAAUGUCAAUAUAAAAAUAUAAAUAUAUAAACGGUUUGUCAUUGUGGAGACUAUUUUUAUACCAGCCGCUCGCAGGACCGUGAAAGGAGGAUCCAGCAAAGGAGGACUUUGUACAUUCUAUAGACGUAGAAGCCAGAUGGUCCACUGACAUCACUCUAUGCAUUUGUGUGUCUUGUUCUACUCCAAACAAAAACCCCCGAGGAGGUGCUUACCCCCGCGCCCCGGGGCUGUGAUGUAUAUGUUUGUUUAUGUGGAAAAUAACUUAUUUAUUCCUUCUGGUGAUUGCCUGCUUAUUGUUAUGAUCAUGACUCCAAAUUAAUGAUGCAGGACUUUAAUAAAU